GGUGACAAAUCUUGCAAGCUACAGCUAGCGAACGGAGAAAUGGGCAGUAUGGUGGUGGAGAUGCAACCCAUGCUCUACAACCCCGAACAAUCGGGGAGGACGGAAACGUCCAUCUACAAAGUCCAUCCCUUUAUCUCAAACAUUAACAAGACAGCCUACCAACCUCGAGUGGUGUCGUUCGGGCCGUACCACCACGGGGAGCCUCAACUGGCAUGGAUGGAGGCUCACAAGCUGCAUGCUUUCUUUAAUUGCAUCAAUCGAUCAAGUCGAACCCAAAAAGAUAUCUUUGACCUCAUAAUGAAAAUGGCUAAAGAGUUGAAGGAAUCGUACGAUUCCCUCGACUCUAAAUGGCAAACAAACGAUGAUAAUUUCGUGGACAUGAUGAUCUUGGAUGGGUGUUUCAUACUUGAAUUACUAGAUGUCUACAAGGAGGAAAAGUAUUAUCUCGGCAAUGAUCCCGUCUUCAGCCAACAUGGAGAGCUCUAUGUCAUGCCAUUUAUUAGGGCCGAUAUGUUGAUGUUGCAGAAUCAAUUACCAAUGUCGCUUCUGCUCAAACUCAAACAUAUUCUACAAGAUGCUGAGCCUGACAUUGAAGAAUUGAAUAAGAGCAUACUUUUUUUUCUCUAUUACGACAUUAGCAAGUACUCAGAGAUGGGCAAAUGUUUGCACGUGCUCGACCUCUACCGCAAGGGUCUACUGCACACACACAACGAACAUGAAAAUGCAGCCUCCCAAUCUGCAAAUGAAAAAGAAGGCAACUACCCAAAGAUGGGAAAAUAUUGUUUGAACACGGUUGGCUCCUACUACAAUCGCCUGGUCCAUAAGCAACACACACCUGGAGAUGUAGCCCCCCAAUCUGCAAAUGAAGCAGAAGGCUUCCACCCAAAGAUGUGCAAAUGUUUUCACGAGCUUAAACUCCGCUACCAGCGCCUGGUCCACAUACAACACACACCUGGAGAUGCAGCCCCCCAAUCUUCAAAUCAAGGAGUUAGAAAGAAUAGGGGAGUCGGCCACAACGUCGUUCGCCCAGCCACAGAGCUCCACGAAGCCGGUGUCCGCUUCAUUAAAAGCGAAAGCAAAAGUCUCUUGCGCAUCACCUUCGACAACGGCACCUUGAAACUUCCCAAUUUCAUAGUUGCUGAUUCUACUGAAUCAAUGUUCUUGAAUCUCAUAGCCUUCGAGCGUUGCCACAUCCCCGCUGGCAACGACAUCACUUCUUUCAUCGCGUUCAUGGACUGCAUCAUCGACGAUAGUCUAGAUAUCAAACUUUUGAGCUCGAAAGGAAUUAUUGACAACAUCAUUGGGACUGACAAGGAGGCAGCCGAUUUGUUCAACACAAUGUCUAAGGGUUUAGUCUUGGAUUUGAACGAAAACCUUCACAAGGUGUACACGAAUCUCAUUGACUACAGCAACACGCGUUGGCAUAAAUGGCGCGCUAAUCUAACUCAAACUUACUUCAGAAAUCCGUGGGCAAUUAUUUCUGUCAUCGCAGCCUUCCUUCUCCUCUCUCUUACUACAGUGCAAACUAUCUUCUCCAUCCUAAAUUAAUUUGAAGUGUUAUUUGUAAAAUUUUAAUGUGUGAGUAUUAUUAAAAAUAUCAUAAUUAUUGUCUAAAUAAUAUGUCCAUAAAUUAAUUGUUCAAUCAGGAAGUGCAA